CAAAAGUUCGGAAAAGUUUACGACUCUUUCGUUCCGUUCGGAGAAAACGGCGAAUCCUUUCUCAACGAAGAGACGACCGUAAAAGAGGCCAUUCGGCGGUCACUGGAGGCCGAGGGGGAAGAGGAGGGCGACCAAAAGGGCGAGGAGAACGCGCUGUCGGAGGAGAGAAGGCGUUUGGAGGCGGAGGUCGAGAGACAGGCGCUGAGACUUGAGAACGCCAUUCAAGAGGUGAUCGCCGCCGAAGACGACGUCGAAGAGGAGGCGGAGAGGGGUUCGCCUCCAACUCCCGUUCCUAAUGUGGAGUUUGUGGACAACGGGCGGACUGUUGCCAUGACGACGACGACGACGACGACGACAGCGGAGACGCAUUCUGAGCCUCUUUCUGGACAACAGUCGGCGGAAGACAUGAAAAAGCGUUCGGAAUAUCUUCGUCAACAAAGAGACAAACUGUUGGCCGCGAAGAAGCGCGAGAGAGACAAAAUCAUCCUUCGCGUGCAGUCCGACGAAGAGAAGGCGCGGCGACCAAAGAGCGCGCGCGCAAUGCGAGCGCCGGAAACGGAAGUGACGGACGACUCGGCGCUCGCUUUCCGGCGCUCUUUAGCCGCGAGACUCAAAGCGGAAGUCAUCGAAGAAACGCAAACAAUGAGAGGAAACGCAAGAAAGGAAACGCUUUUUAGUUCCGUUUUUGAGUUCAAAAUGAAUAAAACUUUCGUUUCGUUCCUUAUUUUGUGCCAAAUAUUGGCCGCAAUUCUCGCGCAAAACGCCCGCAAACAUGUCGGCGGCAGUCAUCGCGUGGGACGCGGUUUCACGGGAAAGGGAGGGCCGGGAAUCAAAACGAGUAAUCAAACGGUCGGCGAUUAUCUGCGCGUCAAAAGACCGGCGCCUCUGAGACGCCGUUUCGUCGCGAAUCCGCGGCUCUCGAGACUGGGCUUAGUUUGGUACGAAAGGGACGGACAGAGAGUCGGAGGAAAUGGCGGCCAAAGAAAGGGUUAA